CGCCUCCCCCCACCCCCCUCCGCACUGCCGCGGCCGCCGCCAUAUUGUCACCCCCAGCGGACCGGGGAGAGGCCAGCCCCCUCCCUCGCUCUCCCCCCCCUCCCGCAAGGAGCGGACCCGGGAGGGAACUGCCUGCUCGUCCCUGUCGUCGCCGCCGCUCGAGCGGCCCGGCCAGGGACUGGGCGAUGCUGUGACCAGACGCCUGCCUCUUGGCCUUUUCUCCUCCUGUGACGGAUGGAGGCUGCCUGACAACGUGGGAGCGCCUUGCCUUGUCUUGCCUUCCUGAGCUCUGCCUGGCCGGUCCCUGCUACCCUCCUCCCUGCCUGGAAUGCUGUAUGUGCCUUCCUCUGCCUCUUGCGGGACAGCUCCGGGUUACUUUUGGGCUACAAAUUAACCAAGGCUCAAGAGCCAUUGAGGUGCUGAGCAUCCCGCUGGGACAGGAUGUCGGGCCCGGUGCCAAGUCGAGCGAGGGUUUACGCAGACGUGAACACCCAGAGACCCCGCGAGUACUGGGACUACGAGUCACACGUCGUGGAAUGGGGCAACCAAGAUGACUACCAGCUUGUGCGGAAACUCGGCCGUGGCAAAUACAGCGAGGUCUUUGAAGCCAUCAAUAUCACCAACAACGAGAAAGUCGUGGUGAAAAUCCUCAAGCCAGUAAAAAAGAAGAAAAUCAAGCGUGAGAUCAAGAUCCUGGAAAAUCUCCGAGGUGGACCCAAUAUUAUCAGCCUUCUAGACAUAGUCAAAGACCCUGUGUCUCGGACGCCCGCCCUGGUCUUUGAGCAUGUCAACAACACCGACUUCAAGCAACUGUAUCAGACGCUCUCGGACUUUGACAUCCGAUUCUACAUGUAUGAAAUCCUGAAGGCCCUGGAUUACUGCCACAGCAUGGGGGUCAUGCAUCGGGACGUCAAGCCCCACAACGUGAUGAUCGACCACGAGCACAGGAAGCUGCGCCUGAUUGACUGGGGGCUGGCGGAGUUCUACCACCCCGGGCAGGAGUACAACGUGCGGGUGGCCUCGCGGUACUUCAAGGGGCCAGAGCUGCUGGUGGACUACCAGAUGUAUGACUACAGCCUGGACAUGUGGAGCUUGGGCUGCAUGCUGGCCAGCAUGAUCUUCCGCAAGGAGCCCUUCUUCCAUGGCCACGACAACUACGACCAGCUGGUGCGGAUCGCCAAGGUGCUGGGCACAGAAGACCUCUACGACUACAUCGACAAGUACAACAUUGAACUGGACCCCCGCUUCAACGACAUCCUGGGCAGACAUUCCCGCAAGCGGUGGGAGCGUUUUGUGCACAGCGAGAACCAGCACCUGGUCAGCACGGAGGCGCUGGACUUCCUGGACAAGCUGCUCCGCUACGACCACCAGACGCGGCUCACGGCCCGCGAGGCCAUGGAGCACCCCUACUUCUAUCCUAUAGUGAAAGAUCCAGCCAGGAUGGGUUCCACCCCUGGGCUUGCUUCCGCAAACACGCCUGUCAGCUCCUCCAGCAUGUUGGCAGGGAUCGCCUCCAUGUCUGCCUCGCAGCCCAUGGGCAGCCUGGCUGCCUCGCCUGUCAUCUCCUCCCCCAACGCCCUGGGGUCACCGGUCCCUGCCGCCGCCGGAGCACAGCCUUGACCUCAGCCACAGCACCUCCUGGUUUCGAGCACCGCCAAGGCCGCUGGCCCGCCCCUGCCCGCCUGCCCCCGCAAGGCCCUGCUGCCCAUCCACAGCAGGCGGGAGAGGGACGGGGGGAGCGGGGAGGCCUCUCUGGAAUCUCUCUCUUUUUUGGUUUUGUUUCUGUUGAGUAUGUCAAAGAGCCAAGCCUCGGCUGCUGCUCCUCUCCGGGCAGCAAGGAGCGUGGACUCUGGCUACGGACGGAGGCGUCUCUGUGGUCUGUGUCAAGUUACGUGAGCGGCAUUCUUCCCAUCAGGGGCCUGGUUAGUGAUGCAACUACAGUGUAGGCACCUAAACAGAGAAUAAAAUUUAUUUUCUAUGUCCCUAAGAAAAGGGC